AUGCCAAUGCGCUGGUCGACAAUCUCUCUUUACACCAUUAUCGGUGGUUAUAUCACGGUCAAGUUCGGCACUGGCUGCCUCUACACCUCCUACCCUUCCCGCCACCUGGGCUCUCUCUCCUGGGAAAGCCGCGACGCUCGCUUGAACUCGCCGCUCGAUGACCUGGACCAACGUGCUCUGUUCGCGGUGCUGGUUUUCAUUCUCUUUGCCGUUCCAACUAUGAUAUUAUACUGCUUGCCUCGUGCGCGUGGGCACUCCCCGUCGGACGAAGAGUUCCAGCGUACAAAUGUCUAA